AUGAACUACAGCAGAACGGAAAGAAGGAAAUCUAUGGCUGAGCGUAGACCAAGUACUUCAUACACUCCUCCGGUCAUUCCGCACUUGGCGGGGUUGGAAAAGCCACAAGACCAGUUUCUCAAAAUUGACCAAUGCGAUGUUUUGGUCGUAGGUACUGGACUUCAGGAAAGUAUUUUGGCUGCAGCACUAUCAUGGCAAGGAACACAGGUGCUCCAUAUUGACAACAAACCGUACUAUGGUGAUUCAAGCUCAACUAUGACUAUUGAACAAUUAAAGAAAUGGUGUGCUGAUGUCAACCAGGGCAAAAUUCCCCACUUUCAGGAUGCCCAGAUCUACAUACCAGGUGGAAAAUUGAGCAACCAAUUCAAUUCAAGAGAUUAUGGUAUUGAUUUAACGCCAAAGAUUAUGUUUUGCCAAUCGGAUUUGUUAACCUUAUUGGUGAAGUCACGUGUCUACCGUUACCUAGAGUUUCAAUCCUUAUCUAACUUUCAUGUGUUUGAGAACGACGACUUUCAACAAAAAGUCAAUGCUACAACUAAGCAGGAUAUAUUUACUGAUAAGUCAUUAUCGCUCAUCACAAAGAGAUACUUGAUGAAGUUUUUAAAGUUUAUCUUAUUAGACUCAGAUUAUAAGCAAAGGGUAAAGCCAUAUGCUAAUGAACCUAUUCAAAAAUUUUUGGCAGAGGAGUUCAAACUAGAAGAUCCCCAGAUAAAGGAGUUUGUAUUCUCUAUUGGAUUGAGUUAUAAAGAAGAUAUCAAUACAAAAGAGGCGCUCAUCAAAAUCAAGAGGUUCUUAUCAUCUUUUGACGUCUACGGUAAAUUCCCUUGCAUGGUGUCCAAGUAUGGAGGUCCAGGUGAACUAGCUCAAGGGUUUUGUCGUAGUGCAGCAGUUGCAGGUACAACUUACAAAUUAAACACAAACUUAGUUGAUUUUGAUCCAAUGUCCAAAAUAGCACACUUUGAUGAUGGUUCUCAUAUCAAGAUCAAUGAAAAGGUUAUUAUUUCACCCACCCAGUUGCCCAAAUUUUUACAAUCAAGCUACAACCAAGUCACUGAAGGAUUACAACCACACUUUGUCACCAGGUUGAUUACUGUAGUGCGUCGUGAUUGCAAAGAAUGGAUAUCACAUAAUGAAUCACUGGCCAUUGUGGUAUUCCCACCUCAUUCUUUACCCACUGAAAAUGCUUAUUCGGUUCAAGUUAUGAUUCAAAACGGAAAUUCGGGCGUCUGUCCUGAGGGACAAUCUGUAUGGUUCAGCCAAACAGUCGAACAAGACUUGAGUCGUGCAAAAAGAGAUUUAGAGUCAGCAUAUUCAAAGAUGGAGUCUUCGUUAUUGAGAGAAUCCUCAAACGACAUUGACGAGAUCCUAGAUGAGACUGAUUUUGUCGUCAACCAGGAGGGAACGCCCGUUUUGGCAAAUUCUUUCAAAUUGGGAUCUCACUUGCAAAACUUCCUCCCCCAAGAAAAAUUAGAAGUUGUUUGUAAAGUGGGGUACGUCGAGAAAACAUACAUCGCAAAUGACCUAUCAAACAUUUUCAAGCCAAGCCAGGAAAACAAUAUUGUCUUCCGAGACACACCUGACGCCCAAGACCAAAUAUUCUUUACAAACACUCCGAGUGCUGAAUUGUCAUACGAUGGAGUCAUAACGGAUGUGAAGUCUAUAUACCAAAGGGUAACAGGAACUACUGAUGACUUCUUCGAUGUCGAUUUCGAAGACGAGGAAGAUGAAUACGAUAGAAACAAUCAACCAGUUAUACCACCAAAAAGGUCGUCUGUUAUUGGAGGUAUUGUUGGUGGCGGGUCUGGAACUAGCUUGGCAGCUUUACGUGAACAGCACAAUGAGAAUAUGAGCGAUAAUGCAAUUGAUAGUGAUGAAGACAUGGACGACAGUCAUGCUCCAUUUGGUGCAGAGGAAAUGGAAUUGUAA